AUGGGAGACAACCAUGGUCAAAAUCCUCCACAUCCACCACCUGAACAAACCUUUAGACAAUGGGCCACUCAAGAUGUCACCCAACAACCUUUGUGCAUAAAUUACCUUGCAGCAAUCAACUUUGAACUCAAGUCUGGACUCAUCCAUUUGUUACCCUCAUUCCGUGGUCUUGAGAAUGAAGACCCACAUAAAUUCCUUAAGGAAUUUCAUGUUGUUUGUGUGGGUAUGAAGCCACAUGAAGUUACAGAAGAUCAAAUCAAGUUAAGGGCAUUCCCCUUUUCUUUACAAGAUUCAGCUAAGGAGUGGUUGUAUGACUUACCACCGGGGUCAGUUACAACAUGGAAUGAAGUUGCAAGGAUGUUUCUGGAUAAAUAUUUUCUAGAAAUGAAAGCUUCAGCUUUACGCAGAGAGAUAAUUGGUAUCAAGCAACAAAAGAGAGAAGCCUUGCAUACUUAUUGGGAAAGGUUCAAGAAAUUGUGCUCAAGAUGUCCACAACAUGGAAUUACAGAAUAUCAGCUGUUGCAGUAUUUUUGUGAAGGAAUGUCAUCUUGGAAUAGGAGAUUACUCAAUACAUCAAGUGGUGGAUCUAUAGCUGAUAAGACUCCAACAGAAAUCAGAGUUCUUAUCAAGAAUAUGGCAGAAGAGUCCAAGCAUACAGUCCAAGAAGAAGAAUGGUACAAUGAUGCACCAAGAGGAGUGAAAGAAAUUUCUACCCCAAAAAUUGAAAGUCAACUUUCUGAGUUGACUAAGGUAGUAAUGAUGCUUGCAAAGGACAAGGGCGUGCAACCACCAACAGUUAGACCUUAUGGUAUUUGUACACAAGUUGGACAUCCAACCGACAUGUUCCCUCAACUUCAAGAGGAAGAUUAUGAAGAAGCAAAAGUCAUGGGAGGUUUUCUUGGAUGUAGUCAAAGGGGAUAUGAGCAACCACGAGGUGAUCAAAGAUGGAACAACAAUCAAGGUUGGGGAGGAAAUCAACAAGGGAACUAUCAACCAAGUCAACCACAUAAAUACCAACAAAGACUACCUUUUCCACCACAAAACUUUCAACCAAGGCAACCAAAACACCCUCCUCAACAAGCGGGUUCAUCAAGUAUGUCUUUAGAGGACAUAGUGAAAAGUUUGGCAACUAGUACACAAGAUUUACAACAAGAGACAAAAGCAAGCAUAAAGAACUUAGAGAAACAAGUUUCACAUCUUGCUAUUUCCGUAAGCAAACUAGAAUCUCAAGGAAAGUUGCCUGCCCAAAUUGAAGCAAACCCAAGGCACAAUGUGUGUGCCAUCACAUUGAGAGGCGGGAAGAGCUAUGAUGGUCCAAAAUUGUCGGUUGAUCAAAAGAAAGAAGAAAUAGUGGUUGAAGAGGCAACCAAAGAAGAGAAGGAGGAAGAUAAAACAAUCAAAAAGAAGCCCUUCAUCACUGAGUCUAAAGCCACACCUGCUCCAUUUCCCAAAAGAUUAAAGAGCACGAAGAAAGAACGGGAGGAGAAUGAGAUCAUGCAAAUGGUCAAGAGAGUUCAAAUCAACAUUCCACUCCUCGAAGUCAUCAAGUAG